GCUUCUAAUUAGAUCUUUCUUCUCUUUCUACAUAUUCUUCAGACUACGUGUUAUCUUUCUCAAUAUUUUAUCUAUUCUUAUUAUAUCUAUGACUUAACAGUUGCGUUUGUAAUUGAGAAAGAUGAAGAAGGACAAACAGUAAUGAGGUGUCAAAAUUAAUCUUGUAUAGCCAGUUUUAGGUUUAUUUUGCCCAUACUGUCAACACAUACCAUGUCGCCUGAGCCUACACAUGAAUCUAUUCAGGAAAAUCUGACAGUUUCCAAUGCACUGCUAGAUACGAGAAUGGUGAAUGAUGAAGAAGACAGUGAUGAUGAGGAUAUAGGAAUGGCAGGAUAUAUGCCAUUAUCCCAGGUAUCUACUGAUGUAGAUCCUAUAUUGGAUAGGGAAGAGAAUGAUGAAUGGUUAUCUGGAUUUGACGAAUCUACUCAAAUAUCUUCUGCUCAUACAGUGGAGACCCAGCAAAGUUGUUCUUCAGAAAUACUACAAGUUUGGUCAUGUUCAGACAAUCGUUCUGAUAUUGACUUAGAUGCAACUAAGAUCAAGGAAGUUAAAUCUGUAAUGGCAUCCAUCACCCUUCCGGAAACUUCAAUUCCACAAUGGGCAUCUGCAAUCUCGGAAGAGCAAUGGAAGGAGCAACUUCUUGUUCGCAUUAAACAAAUGCAGAACAAAGAUCCAUAGAGUUUUUAAGUUGCAACAUAGUCACCAGAUUGCAUCCAUACAACAUACAAAAGGUUGAAAUUUUUAUUAUCUGCUGCACAUAAUGAGCAGUAUAUAUACCUGGAAUUAUUCAAAUAAUUUAUUACAAUGUUAAAAGAUGUGAAAACAUAAUCAAGCACUAGUCAUACAUAUUUUAGCAUUUAAAUAUUAAUAAAGUGUUUGAUUUUUAUAUUAAUUAGGUUAAGGAAUUUUGAAUAAAGUUUAAGCAUUAUCUCAUUAACUUAUAAGAUAUGCAAUUGCGAUGUGACAGGAAAAAAAAAAUCAAAAUGUAUUAGUCAUACAAAUUAUAAAGAAUAUUAUUAUUUUUGCUUUUUUUGUUUGAUAUAUUGUUCGGAAACAGUUUAUAAAUAUAUGAUAUAGUUGGUUAAUCAAUAAACAUCGCUCGAUAUGAUAUCGUGCUCAUAGUGUCAAUGAAACAUACAUGAUAUCUUAUUUUAAUACUAUUAUAAUGAAAUCUGAAUUUAUUAUUAAAUCGUUUACAUCCCAUUGCGCUUAAAUCUUUUUCUUAUUAAUGUUUUAUAGUUCAUCAUAUAUGUAAUAUCCAUUGAAGAAGGCACAAUACGAUUUUAUAACUCGAACUCCGUAUCGAUGGCAGCAGCUUUGGCUGGAUUGAGAUUUUUUCGUAAGGCAGCAACAUCGUCUUCUAUUUUUAUCAAUUUCCGAAAUUUCUAAAAAGAAAUAAAUGUAAAUCAUGUAGCCCGGAAUGCACAACAUCGAGGAGAGACCUGCGAGCCACCCCAACAAGUGACUCCACCAUGGAAAUUCGUACGUGAGAUAUUUCACAGGAACAAACUUGAUGAUAUUAAAGAUGAAAACGCCCUAUAUAUAUAUAAAGGGUAAUAAAAUAAUGUGUAUAUAUACAUAUAAAUUAUAUUAUCCUAAAUCACAUCUCGUCGAGACAAAUUAAAAAGAGAGUCACCACGCAAAUGGCAGGCGUGGUAAACGUCCAGCAUAUUUUCCACCAGAAGCAGGGGUAAUAGCCUAUCAUAUCCCGUAUACCAUCGUAAAAUCGAUCCACCCCGAAUGCCCACGACACUGCGAUGCAUUCAAAGAACAUCAGGAAUAGCAGACAAAAUCCGCUCACGGCGUACGUAUCCAGGAGUUGAAACACGUACAUCCCGCCCUAAAUAAAAAAGAUUAACGCGUUAGAUCAUUGAAACGAAUGACUAAAUUCUUUAUUCAAAAAACACAGAGUUGAAUAAAAUGAGAUAUUUAUUA